UAAUCAUCGUCAACUGAUUGUAAAUCGAUUCAUCGGAAGUGCUAACGUGAAUUAAGCUAACGUAAUAAUGCGUGUCUUAAUAUGCUUCAGUGUACUAUUAGUAUACCAUAGAGCAUUAUCGUUACCAUCACCGUUGGAUGUUUCAAAUUUUAAUGAAGAUGGGCUCGAGAAACUUCGCGUUUUUAAAAAUAAAAAUUAUUUCCAAGGCUCUGAACAAGUAUUUAAUAUAUACAAUAUCACGAUAAACAGACCAAGUCAGAACGCUACAUGCAAUGAAAAACAUCAAACUGUCAAAUUACCUGAUGGUUAUACUUUGACACCAGGCGUUGGGGCACACAAAUUGAUUUUAACAAAGAAAAAUUGGAAUCAAGCCAGAAAUCAUUGUAUCACUGAAGGAGCUCACUUAGCCGUGAUAACAACAGAAGAAGAAGAAGCUGUCAUAAAAAAAUUACUUGCUGCUCAAAAGAUCGACGAAACUUUGCUUGGAUUUCACGAGCUGUUUCAAAAAGAUGACUGGGUUACAACGCUCGAUCAGCCCUUCAGCAGCCUUGGAUAUGCAAACUGGCGAGAAGGCGAACCAAAUAAUCUUGGGGGUGUCGAGCACUGCGGAUCUUACUAUAAAGAUGGCCUAAACGACGUGCCGUGCACCAAAGAGAUAGCGUUCGUUUGCAAGAUUAUUGUUUGAACGAAGAUAGUAUGAUUUAUAAUAUUAUUUUUUUAUAAAAUAGAAGGAUAGUUUGCUUAUUAUAUAUGCAUGUGGCCAAUAAAAAAACUGAGUACCUGCAAAUA